AUGCAAGUAAUAUUAGCAUGUUUUCAAUUAAUUAAAGCUCAACGUCAAAAUCAAGUUAUUGAUACUCGAUUAAUUGGUCGCAUCGUACAAAGUUAUGUGGAUCUUGCUUUUGAAGAAAACUUAUUCGCAUCACAUAACAGUCAUGAAAUAACAUGGCCAACAUUAAAAAUUUAUAAAGAUUAUUUUGAAAUACAGUUUCUUCAAGAAACCAAAGAAUUUUAUUGUCAUGAAGCAGCGAAUUUUCUUGCUCACAAUGCCAUCACUGAAUAUCUAAAAAAAAAGGUAGUUCAACGUCUUGAUGAAGAAGUGCAUCGAAUACAAUCCUAUUUACAUUCAUCAACAUUAAAACCAUUCGUUAAAAUAGUCGAAGAAGUACUUAUUCGUGAUCAACUUGAAGCCAUUUACACGGAAGCAAAAGCCCUUUUAAUUUAUGAAAAAUAUUCGGAUAAAUAA